GUUGUUGCCCAACGUUUCCUCCCGUCACCACCUCUCGUGUCGUGGUCCUCCUUGUAGCUUUUAGCACACAAACUCUGUAAAUCAUCAACAUGGACUGAAAGGACUAUGACUGCUCUCACAUGGCGGCAGGGUGGUGGAAAAGUCAUUUAAUUGACGGUUGCAUGAAUGGAAUAAGACCUUGUCGCCAGCUUGAUCGGAACAGGUCAGUCUGAAGAAUGAUAAACAUUAGCAGAAUUAUGCACGUCUGUUAGUUUCAAUGAAAGUUUGAACAAGGUUUGUUUAGUUUCUUUAACUCAGUUUCAGGACAUAAAAUGUAGUUAUGAAUGUUAACAUCAGAUGUUUUCUGCUGGUUGUGGGCGAUUUCCAACCACUUCUCUUUCUUAUUGACUCGCCCGAGCUAGCUCCGAUCACCGUCAACAGUUUAAUAUUAAAAAAUAUUCAUCCGAUACUUCACACGAUACACCAAAAGAAUGCUAUAUUUAUAUUUAAUACAGCUCCGAACUCCUAAAAAUCCCUUUGAGUGAAUGAAAUCAGUAGGCUACAUACUAUCUGUGUCAUGGUUUAUAACAGUGAAUGAAACUGUUGCGCAAAUAGAAAAUAGUAUCAUGUGAACAAAAAAUCUAAAAAGCCACAUUUAGACGUUUAUUAUAGUUCAGUAAUGUUUCCAGCGUCGACCUGAAGGUUUACCACUCUGCUCUGAUUUCAGAUUUGUUACAUAAGUAAAAGACGAGUCACUUCCCCUUUGUGGCUAAAGCAGUAUGAGGAUGAAUUGUCAUUUUCUCUUUCUUUUUGACCUGGUUGUGAUAAAAUUACUAUAUUUUAUUAGUUUAGUUUAUUUGUUUAUUCGAACAGGUUAAAAGAAAAACAAAAUAAAUACAAUUUAUAAUGUGCUUUGGUAGAAAAACAAUUAGAGACAGCUCUGUAGCAACAUUGAUAAUCAUACUUUAUUCGAAAGGGUGUGGAAUGAAGUUGAUAAAACUUAUCUAGUCCUACCCCUUUAUUGUUGUGUUACUGUAAUUUAAUCAGUUAGAGCAUGUGUAGGAAUAACAGCACAGCGGAAAGAAAAUACAUUAAAAAAAAGGCACGUUGCCCAUUGUCAUAAAUCCACGUUUCCAUUUCUCUCUUAUAUCCAUUUCGAAUAUGGUUUAUAAAAAUAAGUUUGAACUUGCUCAGCGAAAAAUGCAUAUUCCCCUGAGAUUAUGUUUGUUUUCUCUUAUUUUUCUUUUAUAGUGAAAGGGAAGAGAAGGUGAGCAGUGACCACAAAGGCUGUAUUUCUCUUCGUUUCCACCAUGGCUGGACAGCUGCCUUGGUUGCUCCUGGCUCUGUUGACAUCACGGACAGUCUUGUGUACACCAGAUAUAAAGCAGACAGGAUGGCCAUUAUAUCCCCAGAAGCCAGUUCUUCUUGUUUGGAAUGCUCCUACACAGGAUUGUGCUCCACGACAUGGUGUUUAUUUGUCCCUGGACCACUUUGACAUUGUGGCGUCCCCCAAUGAGGGCUUUGUACGGCAGAACCUAACGAUCUUCUAUAAGGAGCGCCUUGGGCUGUAUCCCUAUUAUGGGCAUGGCGGCACAGCAAUAAACGGAGGUCUCCCACAACGGGCCAGCCUUACUCAGCACCGUGAAAAAAUGCCUGAAGGUGUGCAAAAAUAUAUCCGUGAGCCGCAGGCAAAAGGUUUAGCUGUUAUUGACUGGGAAGAAUGGAGACCAUUAUGGAUCCGAAAUUGGGAUGUUAAAGAUAUCUAUCGAAGAGAAUCUCGUAAACUGCUUGCGGAUAAGAACCCAGAGUGGACCCCAGAACAUGUGGCAAAAGUAGCACAGCAGGAGUUUGAGCUAUCAGCUCGCAAUUUCAUGCUGGAAACCCUGAGAUUCGCCAAGAGUUUGAGGCCAAAUCAGCUGUGGGGCUUCUACCUCUUUCCAGAUUGUUACAACCAUGACUACAGAGGUGGCUUGAAGAACUACACGGGACGCUGUCCUGCUUUAGAGAUAUCGCGUAAUGAUCAACUGAACUGGUUGUGGAUGGAAUGUACAGCACUUUUUCCAUCUAUAUACAUGGGAUCGGUACUUGGCUCUACACACUACGGGCGUCUGUUUGUUCGAAACAGGGUGAAAGAGGCAAUGCGUCUGGCGUCUGUUGGAGAUGGGUUGGCACGUCCUGUUUUUGUUUAUACCCGCCCUACUUACAUCAGCGAGAUGACCUUUUUAACUGAGGUGAGAGCAGUUACUGAGCAACAUUUGACUGAGGUCAAAAAGCUUUAACAUGUAAAGGUCCUUUCACACCAGGACCAUUUUUGUCAUGCGAUUAUUUUGGACGUCAAUAUUUUUUUUUGAAACCGUAUCCUGUCAAUACAAACGUUCACAUCAGCGACAUUUUCCCAUCUUGCGAUAUUGCGGCAUUUAUUUUUUCGGAUCAUGGUCAAUUUUUCUAAAGUUUCGCAUACUGUGUGUCCACUUCUGACCAAUUAGAUUGCGUGUUGUUGCGAUGCCAGAUUCACCGGUAUAUCCAACAUGGCCGACAGGCUGAUUGUUUACGUGUCGGAGAACAGAGUGCUUUUUGAUAAAAACCACAAACAUUACAAAGAUAAUGACCUGAAGGACAACUUGUGGAGAGUCAUAGCGUCAGAUCUCUCAUAUGACAGUAGUUUGUGUGCUUUAACAGUUUGCUAAAUGUCUUUGUUUUAACUUUCAUCUGUGCUAACGUAAGCUAACGGUUGUUACCAUAGUUUCAUGUGCUUAUCUUAUCGCCUCUGACUGGCUAUAAGUGCUGACCUUUUGGCUUGAGUGUGUGAUGACGUUUCCAGCUUUUCUAGCCAAUCAGAGGUGAAGGAGGCGGGACUUUCCCCGGGAAAAGUCUUCCCCAGGAUGCAUCCCCCCCCCCCCCCCCCCGGAAAGUUGCAAGAUCACAUCAGGCUUGAUGUAUAUAGACAGGCGCGUCAAAAUUCGCCUCAGAGUAUUUCGUAAUUUCGCGUUCUAUAUUUGCAUAUAUUUGCGUUCUAUAUUCGGUGUGUAAGGACCUUAAAUGUUAUCUUGGAGUUAAAUAACAUAAUGGAUAUGAUAAAAUGUCUUUCUGAUCAGACUUUUCCCAGUUUAAAAUAGACCACUGAGAGGUUUGUUUGAAUGAUUUCAGAUGGACCUGGUCUCCACCAUCGGUGAGAGUGUUGCACUUGGAGCCGCAGGUGUGGUCUUCUGGGGUGACACCUCCUAUGCAAGCAGUAAUGUAAGUGUCCUAGCCUCUCUGCUUAUUUAAUGCCAAAUUGCCUUGAUUUUCGUGGUUUGGGGUUAAAUCCCUUUUUUGUCCCUGCAGGCCAACUGCAAAAGCAUUAAUGGAUAUCUUCAAGGGCCGCUGGGCCGGUACCUCCUCAAUGUAUCUACAGCUGCAGAACAAUGCAGUCAAGAGGUGUGCAAAUCACGUGGCCGCUGUUUACGCAAAAUACCAGACAAGGACGUGUACCUGCAUCUCAGCCCCAAAACACACAGCAUCACCAGUCAGGAUGGCCGGCUUAAGGUUGCAGGCAGUCCUGGCCGUGCUGAGUUGGAUGAUUUCCGUACACACUUCCAGUGCCAGUGCUACAGUGGAUACAGAGGUGAGACCUGUGCGGAGAAAGAAAAAGGGCAGAAUAGAGGCUCCUCUGUCUUAGGGACCUGGCCUCUUUGCUUUUUACUCCCUCUUGGACUUUUCACUCUGCUGCACUGAAGAAACCGAGAUGUGAAAAUAUUCAAUGCUCCUGCCAACCCUGAGUAGGACAGUCUGGGAUUUUCAAAAUAAAGGUGAUAAGAUUCUUUGCACUAGUGAUACUGAUAUAUUGACAGCAGCAGACAGUCAGUCCAUCUCCCUGUAAGCUGAAUGAUUUUUGUCCUAGCCAACCAGCAGAGCUCUGACCUCAGGACCUUUUCUUGAACUCAGUCUGUCCUUUUACAAAUGUACCAAAUCAUGCCAAAAAACACAACUUUAACUUGAAGGCCUCUUUCAGGCACCAUGCUGACCCCUGAGUUAGGUGGUCUUUUAACGGUACACUUCUCAUCCAUCUGUGUUUCUGUUCAACAUUAUGAUAGUCAAGAAUAUUGAUAUUGAUAACUAAAAAGGAAGGAACAUUUGAUUGCUUGAUAGCUGGUGACAAACAAGAGGACCACAAACUGACUCCAGGUACUCCAUUCUUGUACAUUACUCUCGUGGUUUGUUGUUGUAUUAUUAUUUGUGAGUAUUUUAGAGGCCUUUCUCAAACCACACCCUCCUGGCUGCUUCUCCAUCAUUGGGUGAACUCUGUUAGUAGCUGCACUCUUACUACACUCUACAACAGUAGUACAUUAGGCAGUUUCUGUUGAUUUGACCAGCAGUGUGCUUGACCCAUCAGUGGUGUGUCAUAAAAAUGUACACUUUUGGGUACAUUUUUCAUCUCCACUGACAAUGUCCAAAACCCACAGGAUCCAUGUUGACAUGGUUUUAAAUCACACCAAUACCAAUUAGUCUAUUUUAUUCAUUGAAAUCACUCCAUAUCAUGACUUAACACUCCCAGUGUUUUUAGUGCAAUUUCUUUUUUACAAAACGUCAUUGUUUUCAGUCGGGUUUUUAUAAGUGCCAUUCCCUUGUAAGUGCAUAUAAAUGAUAUAAAAAAAACAAACUAACUCUAAAUCAAAUGAACACUUCCAGUACUUUUGAGACUAGAAUAUGGUUAAUAAGAUCUUGAAUACUAUGUCAACUUUUUGAUUUCUACAUCUGAAUGAUAUCAUUAUUUUAUCUUAUUGAAAGUCAGCUAAGAACUGCUGGUUUUGGGUCACACCCUCAGAGGUUUUGGCGAACCUGACACUAUGUGGUGGAUCCGCCACAUGAGGUGGGCUUAGGUAGAGAGAGAGAGUGUAGGACAUGGUUUGAGAUUGGCCUGAGGUGUUAUGUUUUCUGCACCCAGCUUUAUGAAUAUGACAAAUUGCUUAUUAUUUCAGGACACCAUCUUGUUUAGCUUUUGUUAACUUUUGCUUAUAGAAACAAUAUGGCAGGACCUGUCUGUUUCAGUUCCUAGUUGUGCCUUAACUAGAUUACAAAGUGCUUUUUCUACACGGUACCAUUGUUUACACUUUCUGAACACUGAGGUUUUCAUCUCAGCCUCCUGGGGGCAAGGCUUUUACAGCAACACUAAAUGUCUAUUAUUAACCAUUGCAGUAUAUUAGAGAAAAUGUAGAUAGAGAUGUAGUGGGUUUUUUUUGUAAAAACUGUCUACAAAUCAUAGAUAUGACUGUGAAAAAUACAUGAUCAUAAAAGGAUAAUUGAUUCAACAGGCAAAGUUGCUCUUGAUGAAAGCCCAAUAAGUUAAUUGUCUUCAAAUCAGACAAGGUGGUUUGCUGGUACUUGCACUUUAACUGUAUAAACACAAUUUAUAAGUGCAUUUGUUCAUGGCCAACUUUAGCCUGUUCUAUAUAAACUUGUAUUUUUGCUCCUUUAUUUUCAAUGAGUUUCAAAAAUGUCUUUACAAAAAUGCAAAAUAUGCUUUAUUUAUGUUUGCCUCCAUUUUAAUGACCAAGUUAAGGGAUCCUUUUUUGAAGAUAUUCUCGUGAUGUAGAAAAAAAUAUCUAUGAUAGAUGUACCAUUAUCAAAUUUAUUGAAAAUCUCAAACAUCGCACCAGUUUUAGAAAUCUAGUAUUGAUCCGCCUGUAGGUGAUAAUCAUGUAAAAUGUUUUUUUAGUUUCUUUCUUUUUUUCUUUUUUUACUUCUACAGCAAUUUGUGUCAGCAUUCCUUCAAUGAAGCUGCAACUUUUGUCAGUUCAUUUCCAAGCAAAUAUUUUUCCUAGACUGGUGCUAGCAGAGUGUUUUCAUAUUUAUAAAGUAGGUUCUGUAUUUAUUCUUUACAGCCUAGCUCAAAGAAGUAUUUAGCUACCUGAAACCUCUUUAAUAUGCAAAUGCUGUUUUUGACAAACUGAAAAAUGGGACACGACACAAAUAGUUUUGCAAAAGAACAUUAAUAUCUAUGUUGUAAACUUUGUCUAUUUUUGCACUUUAUCUGCUUUUCGUUGAGGUGACUCUGGCUUUAAUUCACGCUGGUACUUUGAAGAAGUGAAAUAAUGUUCUAUCGCUGGUACAAAAGACUAAGUUUUAUUGUCAGUGCAUUACAGUACAAUGCAGUUUUUGAUUUUAAUAUUCAUGUAUUUUUCAUGUCACUGUGAAUCUUGUCUCGAGGAAAUGAGUGCCUCUGUGAUUGUUAUUCCUUCCUUGCUUUUCAUCUCAGUUAAAUUUUAAGACAAGGUUUUAUUUUUAAUUAUCUCUAAAUCUGACAUUUUGUGUAAGAACAAACUAAUGAACAUGUUAAUCAGAUGCAGGAACACUUGAAUGGCGGAGUGACAAAAUGUCACCUGCGCAUAUUGCAUAUUUUAUGUUUUAACAUGCUAUGCCAACAAUUUUUAAAAGGAUUUCACAAUAGUUUACAUUUUUCUGUGUUGAUUUUCUUCUUUUUAGCUGUGAUUUCAUUAGUUGCACAACAACAUAAAUAUCAAUGUAAAUUUUAAACUUAUUAUAGGAGAGAGAAGAUCUUGCUUUUAAAGGGGGUUGGUUCAGUAUCAAACCAAAGUCGGCUGUGCUGGACCUCUUUAUGCAGCAUUGACUGAAAAAGAAAAAUGUUCAAAAACUUUAAUCUACGAAUUUGUGAUUUUUAUUAUAUUACAUAAUCUUACAAACUUACCUUCGACCACUCUGUGAUUUGAAUAUAAAAAAGCCUUUGUAUUCAAGAAGUAAAAAUGACUUUGAUUGACAUGCCUUAUUAUGCCUUAAUGUAAUGUUGCUUUAAACCAGGUUUGAAAAAAGGGUUUUGUAUUUCAAGCAUUUUAUAAUUACCUUUUACAGAAGAUAUUGACUUAUUUGAAUCUGACCUCUUUUUUUCUGUCUUUUUUUUCUUGAGACUAUAGUCUAAAAUUUCACCCAUGUAGGGUAAAACUUACUCUUUGUUCAAAAACAUUAAAAAUAUUCCAAAAAUUA